UUCUUGGUUCAUCUUACGCUUCAGUCUCCCUCACCCUCUUUUCUUUUUGAAAAAAUAAUUAGUGAAGAGAGAAAAUAAAGAAGUAUGCUAAAUAACUCUCCUCCCUCCCCAGUUUAAUUUUCCCUGCAAAUCCUUGAGAAGGCAACAUGUCAUAUCAACUGAAGAUUAAAGAGUUCCAGGUCUCCGAGGGAUUGCUAACGCAACGGCCUUUCACAAUCUCGUCCUCUCUUUCACACACAACAGCACACACACACCCCACACACACAGCAGCAGCCUCCAGCGUCAUCCUUGGCAUUUUUCCGCCUCCCUCCUCCAUUUCUAAACUUUGCUCAGAGGACAGAGUCUUCUUCUUUGGAGGAAGAGAGACAAAGAACUGGUCUUGAGGAACGAGUUAAUAUAUCUGGCCCCCGUGUCCCCCCCCAUGGAGACCCUGCCUGAUGGGGGUGUCGAAAGGCCCUUUCACACCGAGACGCCGUUGUUGGAAAGUGUGGCUCUUUCCCAAGCCGCUGGAACCAAAGUCUACAUGAAGCUGGAAAAUGUCCAGCCAACCAACUCCUUCAAAAUCCGAGGUAUUGGCUACUUUUGCCAACAGAUGUCUAAGGAGGGCUGUCAACACCUGGUCUGUUCCUCAGGUGGAAAUGCUGGUCUGGCUGCAGCCUACGCAGCCAGGGAACUGGGGGUGCCCGCCACAAUCGUCGUGCCCCAAAGCGCCACGGAGUCAACGAUAAAGAGGCUCGAGCAGUACGGAGCAAACGUGGAAAUCUUUGGGAAGGUCUGGGACGAUGCUAAUGAGCGAGCGAUGGUGCUAGCUAAGACCGACGGUUGGGUCAAUAUCCAUCCUUUUGACCACCCACUAGUCUGGAAAGGACACAGCAGCAUCGUCAAGGAGCUGAAGGGCGCCCUAGUGACCCGGCCGGGAGCCAUUGUGCUGUCGGUGGGAGGUGGGGGUCUUCUGGCUGGAGUGGUCUCCGGCCUGCAGGAAGUGGGCUGGUCGGAUGUCCCCAUCAUUGCUGUGGAGACCAGAGGAGCUGAGAGUUUUAAUGCAGCCAUCCAGGCUGGCCAGCUGGUCACUUUGCCCGAUAUCACCAGUGUGGCCAAGUGCCUUGGGGCUAAGACGGUGGCUCAGAGGGCCCUAGAUUGUACCAAGGAAUGUCCAAUCAUCUCUCACGUUUUGGAGGACGUGGAAGCUGUGGAAGCUGUGGAGCAGUUUCUGGAUGAUGAACGGAUGUUGGUGGAACCGGCUUGUGGUGCCUCACUAGCCCUCCUAUAUUCAGGCUACCUACAGCAGCUGCAGAAAGAGGGAAGGCUAAGCCAGGCCUUGGAGUCCAUAGUCCUCAUCGUGUGUGGGGGGAGCGGCAUCAGCCUGCGGGGUCUCCAGGCUAUGAAGAAGCACCUGGGCAUGAAAUGAAGCUUCUGGUGGGCUCCUUGUUUAGGCGCCCCUGAUUACCAACCACGCCGGUAGUUAGAUGCUUAAUCAGAGCCCUUUUCGGGACAGCAGUCCUCGGCUUUCGCCCACAACGGACCCCACGUUUUCUCCCGCUAGGUGCUUAAGUGAAUUGUGCCCCAUUUUAUGACCUGAUUUGCCGCGCCUGUUAAGCAAAUCCCUGCAGCUGUUAAAGUUGCAGGUGAAUCUGGCUUCCUCUAUUGGCUUUUGCUCGUCGGAAGGGGAUCACACGUGACCCUGGCACACCUUGUGAGCGUCGUUAAGUGCGAGUCAGUUUCCAAGCGUCUGAAUUUUGAUCACGUGGCCCUGAGGACGCCCGCAAAGGUCACCACUGUGAAAAACGGUCCUAAGUCCGUUUUUUAAGUGCCGUUGUAACUUUGAAUGGCGACGAAGUGAAACGUGGUUAGUCAGGGGACUAACUGUACUACAGGAUUACUCCUCGCAGCUGUCCCAGCCAGCAACAAUCAGUGCAGUUCAGCAGACUCCCUACAGCUACAGCUGACCUCCUUACUGUGAUGCAAUGGAAGCCCGAGAGAUCAACCGGACACCCUUGGUUUUAUUAACUCCAAGCAGUUUCACCAUCGAAGUGUUGCAGAAGCUUUCAUAAUCAAGAGAAAUAAAUAAAAUGAAUCAUGACUGAAUUCA